UAGAGCUUACCUACUCCGCAUACGCUUGCUUGCUUCCUUCAUUCAUUUCAUUCCUCAUUCACAUCCAUCGUUUUUUGACGAGCGCAGAGUGUAAAAACAAAGAUUCUAUAAAAGCCGGCAGUGACUCCCAAUUUCUGACUAAUAUUUCUAAUAUAACAAUAACACAAAACUUUUAAAAUGGUUGUCAUCGAUCCUGGGACAUGGGAGCUGGAAGACACCAUGAGAAUUAUGAUUGCAUCCGAUAUUCAUUUGGGACAUUUGGAAAAUGAUGCUGUUCGCGACGAUGAAAGCUUCACAGCAUUUGAGGAAGUUUUGUCCCUCGCUGUGGAGUAUGACGUAGAUCUGAUACUUCUUGGCGGCGACUUAUUCGACCACGCAAAGCCGUCUCCUAACUCCAUGUACAAGUGCACUCAACUCAUUCGCAAGUACUGUUUGGGCGAUAAACAAAUCGCAAUAGAACUACUCUCAAAUCAACUUGAGAACUUCUCUCGCGUCGUCAACUAUGAGGAUCCUAAUCUUAAUGUGUCUUAUCCUAUUUUAUCCAUCCAUGGUAACCAUGAUGACCCAGUGGGUCAAGGUAGUAUCAGUUCUUUAGAUAUUUUGUCCAUCACCGGUUUGGUUAAUUAUUUUGGCAAGUGGACAGACUAUACUCAGGUGCGUAUCUCUCCAGUUCUCAUGCAAAAAGGUUGCACAAAAUUAGCCUUGUAUGGCCUCAGUCAUCUUAAGGAUCAGCGACUUUCACGGCUCUUUGCAGAAAAGAAAGUGGAAAUGGAACGUCCAGAUGAUGGUGAUGAUUGGUUCAAUUUACUGACUCUGCACCAGAAUAGAGCAGAUAGAGGGCCUAAUAAUUAUAUUAGAGAGGAUGUUCUCCCCAAUUUUCUAGACAUGGUUAUAUGGGGACAUGAACAUGAUUGUCAGUUGUUUCCUGUUAAAGAAAAUAAGAGAGAACAUGAAGGUUUCAUUGUGGUGCAACCCGGCAGCACAGUAGCUACAUCGCUGGCGACUGGAGAGGCUCUCCCAAAACACUGUGCUUUGCUGCAGAUUCACAAACAUGACUACAUAUUGACACCAAUACAAUUAAAAACUGUACGCCCAUUCAUAUUCAAAACAAUCAUACUAUCUGAAGAAAAUUUGGGAGAAGAGGAAGUCAAUGAAAAUGAUAAAGUUCAGGAAUUCUUGAAAGGAAAAGUUAAUGAAGCUAUUGAAGAAGCCCAGCGUCUUCUAAGUGGGCAUGCCAAGCAGCCCACCAUGCCUUUGGUCAGACUUAGUGUAUUUUUUGAAAGGGACUCUCAAGAUUUUAACAGAGUGAGAUUCGGGCAAAACUUCAAUGGGUUAGUUGCAAAUCCCAAUGAUGUACUCAUAAUGAAAAGGGAAAAGAAGAUUCGGGAUCGAAAAGAUAAGCCUCCCGUGAAUGACGACGAAACGAUGAGUAGCGCAGCCGUGAACGCCGUGGACAUAGAGUCGCUGUUGCAGGACUACUUCCACACGCUGCCGGCCGAGCGGCGCCUGACCGUGCUGUCCGUGCGCGCCGUGACGGACGCCGUACGCGACUUCACGCUCAAACACGACGAGGAUAUCUUCCGACGCGUGUUCGACGCGCACAAGCGGCGUUGCGUGGCCGCGCUGCACGCCGCCGGCGCGGAGACCGUCGAAGACGUCGAAACGCAGCUCAAAGUCAGCAAGAAGGAGCUGGACGACGCCGACGCGGACGCGCUCAGCGUGCUCAUCGACACGAGCCGGCCGGUGCCCAAGCCGGCCAAGCCCAUCGUGCGGCUCUCCAACACCACCACCAGCCCCGUGGUCAACAAGCGCGGCGGCGGCGUCGUGGUGCUGUCCAGCGACGACGACGAGCCCGUGGCGGAGAUGGCGACGCGGGCGCGGGGCGGGCGCGGCGGGCGGGGCUCGCGCGGCGGCCGCGGCGGGCGCGGGCGGGGCUCCCCCCGCGGCGCGCGCGCGCGCGAGCCGGAGCCGGAGCCCGAGCCGCUGCCGGAGCGCCGCACGCCGCGCCGCGCCGCUCAGAAAACCAAUAACUGGCUGCAGAGCAUCGCGCAGUCCCAUCGUCGCAUAGAUAUUGAUGAUUCUGAUUAAAUAAUUCCAGUAGAAUGUUAAGUCGCAAUAAAAGUGUAUGUCUAAGUAAAAUAAUAGAAUUGGUUUUGAAAUUA